GAAGAAAUACCGGUGUUUUUGUCAUUGAAUCGAUUAUAUUAUGAGCAUUAAGAUAUAUCUACCGUUCAACCAUUAUUACCUUAAGAAGCCCACGAAUUUGUAUGGUCAAGUGCAGAUAAAUGAAGAUAAUGUCGUAUCGUAUUACGUUCUGGAAGCAUCAGAUUUGGAGUUCAGUGAUAAGGCCAUACAUCAUGAAUCGGGCAAUAUGCGUUUCCUGGGCUCCAUUCUCAACGAGGAUUUCAAUGCAGAUCAAAACCAAUAUCUAAAGUUCAAUAUGCGACUGUGCUUCACAUACAAUAGCAGUCAGGCGAAUAUAACCCUGGUUUACCUCGGCAUUACACCCGAAUAUCUGAAGCACAUUAAAGUAAUCCUGUACGAUAAACAAAUGGUACGAAAUCUGUUCGUACCUGGGGAAUCUGUGAAUGGCCGAUCCUUAGAAUACAAUGAUAAUGAUAACAUUGAUUGCGACUUUUUGGAGCUCUCUAGACUGAAUCAACCCACUGUUGAGACCCCAAACAAUCCAAAGUAUAAUGCCAAAAAGAGUAUCCAAUAUGGGUUCACACUCAUUGCCGAUUCUCCAAUUAAGAUUUUUGAAUAUAUUGCUGAAAAUGUAUUUGUUAACAGCAUUAUGGUUCAUACAACUAUUUAUAAGCAUUUUAAAGAAUGGCAGACAGCAUGUGAUAAAGGAUCUCGACCGGCUAAUAUAUCACUUGAUAGAAUACUGGGGAUUAUAUUGAUGAUAAUACUAUUUUCCCUUGCAACACAGCCAGGUGAUUUUCUAAUACAAAUAUCUCAUUAUGUCAUUGACGAAUUGUACAGCCUGUUAAAAGUAUUAGAGGGCAGUCCCAUUGGCCUCAAGCUAAAUAUACAUUUAAAUAAUUUCUUUCUCGACUGCUUUAAAUAUCAUAUUGAGCUGUGGUCAACAUUUUUGGAUUUUAUUGAACCUUUAGUGCGACAAGUUUUUUUGGCCAUCGGAGUGAUUGGGUGCUUGGGUUUCACAUUCCAGAUAGCAUUACUAGUGGAUUUAAUAUCCAUUAUUGGGUUACAUUCGCAUUGCUUUUAUAUUUAUACCAAAGUCCUUUACAAUGUGGAAAGAAGAGGUCUUUCUGUUCUAUGGCAAGUGGUUCGAGGCAACCGUUACAAUAUUUUAAAAGGCCGCACAGAGUCCCAUAACUAUAUGAAUCGGCAAUUAUAUCUAGCAACAAUAUUCUUCUCGGCCAUUCUUUUUUUGUUUCCGACUACUCUUGUCUACUAUAUAGUUUUUGCUGCUCUAAAGGCGCUCACAUUUGCCACUCUUAGUAUAUUUGAUUUUUUGCGAAGAAAACUAAUCUAUCUCCCGAUUGAAGUCUAUAUAAAACGGGUUCUAAGAGGUUGUAAUGAUUUAGAAUCUAUUCAAAUCAAAGAUGUUUCACACCACGAAAACGCUUUUCUGUUGCACAAACAACAGAAAACCAACGUGACAGUGUAUAAAAUUACAACUUUUUAAUCCUAGCAAUAAAUAAACUACAAUAUAAGAUGUUUC